CCUUGCCUUUAGCUUUUUCUGUGUUGCUUGUUUGGUUCUGAGGAAUUUCGUUGCUUUGUCUCUUCAGCCAGCGAUUCUGCAGCCAACUGUGACUUCGAAAAAGCCGGCCUUUAACCAAAUUUGAGAGCUUCUGUGGUUUGCUUCUGGUCGUCAAGACAUCUCGUCCAGGGCACUGCAAAGCUCAAUAAGACUACUACUCACUACUACCAACUGCGAGAACAACCUAAAAAGCAAACCCCCCGCAAAAGACCAAACCAGCUCCACGAAAACCCCGUUGCAGCGCUAUUGCUCUUGGUCCGACAUGCCGAAAUCCUUUGCAGAGCGAUUGGGCCUGUUCAAGCAGGCCGCUGCUCGGGAGGAGGCUGUGGCCAACGGAGAGCCUGCCAACCUGGGAGACUCAAAGGAAGCGCCUCAGGUGGUGCCUGGCGGCGUGUACAAGUGCAAGAUUGCCCAUUGCGCCAACGAAUACGCCUACCUUCGCGACCUCCGUCAGCACAUGCGCGUCGAGCACUCGACGGACGGGGGCAUCUCGUUAUUCAAGAACGCCGUCACGCGAUCCGACACUCCCGCGGGCAUUGCAGCGGCGGCAGCAGCAGAGAGCGCCGCAUCGGCCGCUGGUGGGGGCGGCGGUGAGCGCCGAAAGUCCAACACGAGCUCGCUGGCGGGUUCCGUGGUCGAGAACAGUUCGCUCCAAGGCGACUCUCGGUCGCAAAAGCGCGACGAAGAUGACGAUGAUGACGAGGACGACACGGAUGUCCCCGGCAGCCGACAGAGCAUCAACUCGACCCCGUCCGACGGUGGCUCUGGCGGCUCCGUCGUGUCUAGUGGCAGUGUGCAGGAAGAUGACAGUAGCGAACACAAAUCCAGCAGCAGCAACAGCAGCUCGUCUGUCAGCAAGUCGGGCGGCGGUGGCGGUUUCACCCUGUCAGCAGCGUCGCUCGCCAUGGCCGGCUCUGCGCCUGUUGUGACCACCACCAGCCAUCUUGUUUCCGCCGCUACUGUCAGCGCCCCUGUGGGCUUCUCCUCACAGGCCUCGGUAUACCGCGGCAACAUUUACGACGAAGAAGAGUUUACCUAUCCUUCCGAGCUGGCCAACCACAAGUUCAACAUCCACUACGGCCAGGUCACCCCGGAGCCCUUCCCGGAGCCGGAAGAUUUUAAGCGCAGUGUAGUGAUCACGCCAGUGGAACCACCGCCAGAGUUUGCCACCCGGUUUGCGGCACGAAGCUCCAUCAAGCGACCAGACUCGCCCACCGUCUCCCAACGGAUACAGCAGCGCUUGCAACGAACAGCGUCGCCUUCGCCAGUGGCGUCGCCGUCCACUCCAAACCUCGAUUCCUUGCCGUCCACCACCUCCACGGCUCGGGUCAUUCCUGCACCCUCGGCCAAGAUCCGCCAGGUCAACGUGAACGACCCAGAGUACGCCGAAAUCGUCUCUGGCGACACAACCAUCACCACCGCCGUCCUGUCAUCGUCGCCCGGCGCCAAUGCGGGAGGGUCGAUGCUCUCGUCCGUGAUGAUGGAAAACCAGUACGGCUACGGCACGCGAUUGUCCAUGCAUUUCAUGGGCAGCCGCGACCGUCUCGAUCACACAGACGACGAAGACGACAUCUUUGACGAUCCGGACAACCCCACCAGCGACAGUCUGCUCCAAUACUUUGCCUCUGCAGGCUUUGCUGCGCGCGCCAACCCGACUCGCCGGCCAACAAUGCCAGUCGCGGUGGAUACUCCCAGCACCGCCGGAGACGAGGUUGACAGCCAGAAACCCGACUUUCUCGCGCCUCCGUCGCAAGAGUCGACACGCCAGCGCUUUGUUCGCUUCAACCCCCAAGUCACCCAAGGAGACACGCACCUCAAGAAGCGCUACAAGCGAUCUUAUCCGUCUCGCGAGCCGACCCAAAAGCAGCUGGAAAAGAUGGAGGCCGAAGUUCGUGCACUGAACGUCGAGCUUGGUGUGGCGCCAGCAGAGUACUAAGAAAAGGAUGGCGAAGAUUGUCGCACACACAACGCCCUGCAGUUUGGCGCGCUCUGCGUUUCGACAAUGUUCGACCAACGUAUUUGUGCGGCUGCUUUUCCCAUCCCUCCGUUGUGAAAAAAGUUCCAGAUAUUCAGAAAUCAGGCAACACGCGCAACCAACACGUUUCUGGUUGUUGGUGGUUUCCUGCCGUUUUCUUUGCUUUUUUUUUUUUGUGUGUGUGUGUUCGGUCUUUGUUAUUAAUGCCUUGUUUUUCUCUCUCUAAAUGUGUAUGUAUGUGUGUGUCUCUGUGGUGUGUGUUUUGUGCGCUGGAUGCGUCGUAUGCGCCCCUAUUUUCCGUCUUCUACCCUCGUUUGUGCCUGUCGGUUUUCACUUCACGAGACGCCAACGCACGCUUUUCUUUUUUUUAAUUUUUUUGCUGCUUUGCUGCUUUGCUGCUCGUCCGCGCGCUCUCAAUCAGAGUACUUGUAGAAUUAUAAACGAUUUCUUCAG